CGCUUUCCCUGCUCGUAGGCAUCAUCGGAAACGGGCCACAAGGCGUCGUAGUAACCAAGCCGAGUGGCUUACUAGAAACCAGAAAUCAUAUUCUCCAAAAUAUUACGCCAAUAACUCAACUCAAAGCGCCUUUACUCCCUCAACGCAGCGCCGAGUUCGCGGUGGAAGGGAUUAAUCCACCUGAAGCAGCUCGCUCGGCUCGUUUCCUUCGUGUGAGAGUGAGGGUUUUUGCGCCUCAGAGCCGGUUUCUGAUGAUCCGGAUCACGCGAGGAAUCGAAGAGCUUGCUUGAGGAUCACCGGGAAUCGAAGAGCUUUAGGCUGAAGUUGAAGAGCAUGAAGACGUUUUUUGGGGAAGGUCUGAUCGUCGGCGCGAUCGAGAAUCGUCAGACGGCUGAAAUCGUGGAGAUUUUCUGAAAUCCCGGAGGCAAACACGCCGACUUCUGUGCUUUAGAGAAGAUUUACAGCACGAUGGCUUUGAGGUUUGUCUCCUGAUGUCUCUGCAGCCCUUUAAAGACGUCCAGACCUCAGUGUGCUGAAGGUGUCCGGCUUGCACGAGGUAGUUGUAGAUGCAUUUGGACCAAGAUCAGCUGCUAGAGUUGUUUUUAACGGUAAUGCACAGAUGUAGCAUGCUUUUUAAAGGCUUUUAUACCCUAAAAACUCAUGCAAUGUUUGGUAGGUGUGACCAACUAUUCCGGUAUGAACAUUUGUAAUCACUCCUGACUCUUUGUUUGAUUGCAUUCCCUUUAAUCUGGAUCCAGAUAUCAGCAUUUUCCCAUCAUUGUAGCCUGAUUUCUUCAUGACACCCAUUGGGAUCUUCAGACACCCUUCCCUGUACAGGUGACCCAGCUUGUGUUCCAGUUAUGAUGCCUGUGCUGCAACUUCAAGAGGGCGUUGAAUGGUGGCAGUCCCAUAGGGUUGGUUAAAGAUCUGAACUGGUGUCCGAAAGGCUGUAGGUAGCAACCCUACAAGAGGUUAACCAUCACCAUUGUGUCUUUGACCUCCACAGGGCCCAUCCCUGUAGAAAGUCCACUGACACUUUUGUGAAUGAUAGACCAUUGCAGAUCCUGAGAGCAUGGCAGAUAAGACGGCUCCCCGCUGUCAGCUGAGGCUGGAGUGGAUUCAUGGAUACAGAGGCCAUCAGUGCAGGAAUAACCUGUACUACACCGCGGGGAAGGAGAUCGUGUAUUUCGUGGCUGGAGUCGGAGUGGUUUACAACACCAGAGAACACACACAGAAGUUUUACUUGGGACACAACGACGACAUUAUUAGUCUAGCGCUGCAUCCGGAUAAGACCCAGGUGGCCACAGGUCAGGUUGGGAAGGAUCCGUAUAUCUGCGUGUGGGACUCGUACGCGCUGACCACCGUGUCCAUCUUGAGAGACGUUCACACUCACGGUGUGGCCUGUCUGGCCUUCGACGCUGACGGCCAGCGUUUAGCGUCUGUGGGACUUGAUGCCAAAAACACGGUGUGCGUGUGGGACUGGAAAAAGGGGCGUGUCUUAGCCACCGCCACGGGACAUUCUGAUAGGAUCUUUGAUAUUUCCUGGGACCCGUUUCUGCAGCACAGGCUGGUGAGCUGCGGAGUCAAGCACAUUAAAUUUUGGGCAUUAUGUGGCAAUGCAUUGACGCCAAAACGAGGGAUUUUCGGAAAGACGGGGGACUUGCAAACCAUUCUGUGCUUGGCGACGGCAAAAGAUGAAGUGACGUAUUCGGGAGCUCUUAACGGAGAUAUUUACGUGUGGAAGGGACUCAACCUGACACGAACGAUACAGGCGGCACACGGAGCAGGGAUCUUCAGCAUGCACUCAUGUGAGGAAGGAUUCGCCACCGGUGGGCGGGAUGGAUGUGUGAGGCUGUGGGACGUGGAUUUCAAACCCAUUACCAAGAUUGACCUCAGAGAGGCAGAACAAGGUUAUAAAGGUCUGUCCAUCCGCAGUGUGUGCUGGAGGGCUGACAGGAUCCUGGCAGGAACUCAAGACAGUGAGAUCUUUGAGGUGAUGGUGAGAGACCGAGAUAAACCGAUGCUGAUCAUGCAGGGACAUUCAGAGGGGGAGCUCUGGGCCCUCGACCUGCAUCCCAAACAACCGCUGGCCGUCACCGGCAGCGACGAUCGAUCCGUACGACUGUGGAGUUUGUCCGAACACACGCUGAUCGCUCGCUGUAACAUGGAAGAGGCCGUACGCAGCGUUUCCUUCAACAACGACGGUUCUCAGCUGGCUCUCGGCAUGAAGGACGGCUCCUUCACUGUUCUUCGUGUCAGGGACAUGACGGAGGUGGUCCACAUCAAGGACAGGAAGGAGGUCAUUCACGAGCUCAAGUUCUCACCCGAUGGCUCUUACUUGGCCGUGGGCUCCAACGACGGGUUUGUGGACACCUACGCUGUGGCCCAACGCUAUAAGAAAGUGGGAGAGUGCAACAAGUCCACCUGCUUCAUAACACACCUGGACUGGUCCGUGGACAGCCGCUUCCUGCAGACCAACGAUGGAGCUGGAGAACGAUUCUUCUACAGGAUGCCAAAUAGCUAUGCUGACUCUAACAGUGGCGAAUCUGACUCCGACCUCUCCGACGUUCCUGAGCUGGACUCAGACAUCGAACAGGAAGCCCAGAUCAACUACGAGCGUCAGGUGUAUAAGGAAGAUCUUCCUCAGCUCAAGAAGAAACUGGCUGGAUCUCUGAAGAGGCAGAAAGCGCCAGACGAGGGGCUGCGCCUGCAGUUUGUCCAUGGGUACAGGGGCUGCGACUGCAGGAAUAAUCUGUUCUACACUCAGGCUGGUGAGGUGGUGUAUCAUGUGGCAGCUGUGGCUGUGGUGUAUAACAGACAGCAGCACACGCAGCGCUUUUACAUCGGUCAUGACGACGAUAUCCUGAGCCUCGCUGUGCAUCCGCUCAAAGAUUAUGUGGCCACCGGACAGGUGGGUCGAGAUCCGGCCAUCCAUGUGUGGGACACCCAGACACUCAAGUGUUUAUCUCUGCUGAAGGGUCAACAUCAGCGCGGGGUUUGUGCUCUGGAGUUCACAGCGGAUGGCAAGAGUUUAGUGUCUGUGGGAAUCGAUGAAGACCACUCCUUAGUCAUCUGGGACUGGAAAAAAGGCGAAAAACUGGCCAAAUCCAGAGGACAUAAAGAUAAGAUCUUUGUGGUGAAAGGAAACCCGUUCCGCAUGGACAAACUGCUGACGGUGGGAAUGAAACACAUCAAGUUCUGGCUGCAUACAGGAGGAGGUUUAACAUUUAAAAGAGGCAUUUUCGGAAAUCUCGGCAAGCAUGAGACCAUGAUGUCCGCCUGCUACGGACGCUCGGAGGACCUGGUGUUUUCUGGGGCGACGACGGGUGACGUGUACAUCUGGAAAGACACGACGGGUUUUGUGACGGGGGGUAAAGAUGGAGUUGUUGAGCUGUGGGACGACGUGUUCGAGAGAUGUCUGAAGACGUACGCUAUCAAGAGGGCGGCGCUCUCGCCUUCAUCUAAGGGGCUGCUGUUGGAGGACAACCCGUCCAUCAAAGCAAUCACUCUGGGACACGGACACAUUCUGGUCGGCACCAAAAACGGAGAGAUCCUGGAGAUCGACAAGAGCGGCCCCAUGACUUUACUCGUACAGGGUCAUAUGGAGGGGGAAGUUUGGGGCCUCGCUGCUCAUCCACUGCUGCCCAUCUGUGCCACUGUGAGUGACGACAAAACGCUGCGGAUCUGGGAGCUUUCGGCCAACCAUCGAAUGGUGGCCGUCCGGAAACUUAAGAGAGGUGGUCGAUGCUGUGCCUUCUCGCCAGACGGAAAAGCCUUAGCGGUGGGUCUAAACGAUGGCAGCUUCCUGGUGGUGAAUGCAGACACGCUGGAAGACAUGGUGACCUUUAAAGGAGCGUCCAGCUGUAUCACACAUGUGGACUGGGACGUCCGCGGAAAACUGCUUCAAGUCAACACUGGUGCCAAAGAGCAGCUAUUUUUUGAAGCUCCACGUGGAAGACGACAAACUAUCAGCAGUUCAGAGUUUGAGAAGAUGGAAUGGGCCACAUGGACGUCAGUGCUGGGUCCCACCUGUGAGGGCAUCUGGCCGACGCUCAGCUUCGUCAACACCUCUUCACUUACCAAAGACAGGAAGCUGCUGGCCACUGGAGACGACUUUGGCUUCGUCAAGCUCUUCAGCUUCCCCUGCAAGGGUCAGUUUGCCAAGUUUAAAAAGUAUGUGGCUCACAGUGCCAAUGUGACGAACGUUCGAUGGUCCAAUGACGACGCGAUGCUGCUGUCGGUGGGCGGGGCCGACUCGGCCCUCAUGAUCUGGGCGAGAGAGGGGAUUGGUCCACGCGAGAGCAAAGCCGUGGACAGCGAGGAAUCAGACGACGACGCUGAGGAGGAUGGAGGGUACGACAGUGACGUCGCUCGGGAAAAGAGCAUGGAUUACACGACGAAGAUCUAUGCUGUCAGUAUACGGCAAAUGACAGGCGUGAAACCACACCAACAACAGAAGGAGAUCCUAGUGGAUGAGCGGCCUCCAGUGAGCCGCGCCGCGCCAUUACCUGACAAACUGGUGAAGAACAACAUCACAAAGAAGAAGAAAAUGGUCGAGGAACUGUCUCUGGAUCACGUGUUUGGCUACAGGGGCUUUGAUUGCCGAAACAACCUUCACUACCUCAAUGAUGGAGCUGACAUCAUCUUCCACACAGCCGCCGCUGCUGUUAUUCAGAACCUCUCUGCUGGAACUCAGAGCUUUUAUCUGGAGCACACGGAUGACAUCCUCUGUCUGACUGUCAAUCAACAUCCCAAAUAUCUCAACAUCAUCGCCACCGGUCAGAUCGGCAACUUCGCUGAUCUGCCAGGCCUGGUGCCGUCCAUUCACGUGUGGGACGCCAUGAGCAAGCAGACGCUGUCGGUGCUGCGCUGCUCUCACGCUAAAGGGAUCGGAUACGUCAACUUCAGCGCCACGGGAAAACUGCUGCUGUCUGUGGGAGUGGAUCCAGAGCACACCAUCACUGUGUGGAGAUGGCAGGAAGGCUCUAGGGUUUGCAGUAAAGGCGGUCACACCGACCGGAUCUUCGUGGUGGAGUUCAGGCCUGACUCGGACACUCAGUUUGUGUCGGUGGGGAUCAAACACAUCAAGUUCUGGACGCUGGUGGGAGGCUCUCUGCUCUAUAAGAAAGGUGUGAUCGGAGCGGUGGAGGACGGACGCAUGCAGACCAUGCUGUCUGUAGCCUUUGGAGCCAAUAACCUGACGUUCACGGGGGCCAUAAACGGUGACGUGUACGUGUGGCGAGAGCAUUUCCUGCAUUUCCUGGUGCGUGUGGUGGCUAAAGCUCAUACAGGACCAGUGUUCACCAUGUACACCACGCUCAGAGACGGACUCAUAGUGACCGGAGGCAAAGAGAGACCGACUAAAGAGGGCGGCGCUGUGAAACUGUGGGAUCAGGAAAUGAAGAGAUGCAGAGCGUUUCAGCUGGAGACAGGACUUCCUGUUGAGACAGUCAGAUCUGUGUGCAGAGGAAAGGGAAAGAUCUUGGUGGGAACGAAGGAUGGCGAGAUCAUCGAGGUGGGAGAGAAGAACGCCGCCUCCAACACCAUGAUAAACGGACACACGCAGGGACGCAUCUGGGGUCUGGCCACACACCCCUCCAAAGACGUCUUCAUUUCUGCCAGCGAUGAUGGAACCAUCCGCAUCUGGGACCUGGCGGAUAAGAAACUCCUGAAUAAAGUCAGUCUGGGUCAUCCGGCAAAGUGCACAGCGUACAGUCCGAACGGUGAGAUGGUGUCCAUCGGGAUGGAGAACGGAGAGUUCAUCGUGCUGCUGGUGAAUUCUCUGACCGUAUGGGGCAAGAAGAGAGACCGCAGCGUGGCCAUCCAGGACAUACGGUUCAGCUCUGAUAACCGGCUGCUGGCUGUCGGCUCGGUGGAGUGCGCUGUCGAUUUCUACGAUCUGACUCUGGGGCCGUCUCUAAACCGGAUCGGCUACUGCAAAGAUAUUCCUGGAUUUGUGAUCCAGCUGGACUUCUCUGCUGACAGCAAAUACAUCGAGGUCUCUACCGGUUCAUACAAGCGGCAGGUUCAUGAGGUUCCCAGUGGGAAGAUCGUCACAGAGCAAGCCCUGAUUGACCGGAUCACCUGGGCGACCUGGACCAGUGUUCUGGGUGACGAGGUUUUGGGCAUCUGGCCACGUAACGCAGAGAAGGCAGACGUGAACUGCGCCUGUGUUUCUCACGCCGGGCUGAACGUGGUCACCGGAGAUGACUUUGGACUCGUGAAGCUCUUCGACUUCCCCUGCUCCGAGAAAUUUGCCAAACACAAGCGUUACUUCGGCCACUCUGCCCACGUGACCAACAUCCGUUUCUCUUAUGACGACAAAUAUGUGAUAAGUGUAGGAGGCAACGACUGUAGUGUGUUUGUGUGGACAUGCAUCUGAUGGGCCUCCACACAGCUGGGAAUCUCUCCUCCAAACACCAAGCCGGAGAUACCUCCAGCGUCCGGAUGCUGCACUUCUGUUAUGCUGCGUUUUACCCCUCUAGACCUGAUGGAUCCUGGACGAGCUCGAGUUCGAAGAGGGUUUUUUACCAUUCUGUGAAGUGCAAUGUUUACGCUCACAUGUAGUUUUACAAAGAAAAAAAAGAUACGCUCAUAAGUCAUGCCAAUAUUUCAGAAAUGUAUUUUUUGUUCGGAUUCUGAAGUGCCUUGGAGACACAGUUUGCUGAUCUUUUCCCUGAAAUGUUCAUAUGCAUAUAUGGUGCUAAAUGUCCACUUAAAGCUUUUUAAAA